AUGACAACCUUCCUGGACAAGACUACCAGAACACGAGCCAUCCCAAGCAAAGCAGCGAUGGAAACCGGCGCUGAGCCUGUCACUACCCCACGUCCAACUCCGAACAUGGCGACCAUGGAGCCCAACAUCGACAAGGACAAGCUCCCUUCUGAAGCGGAAUCUGAUGAAACGCGCCAGGGACCCAGCACUGUCGACAUGGACGAGCUCAACCGGAUCUUGCGUAAAUCCGUCGACGAGCCGCCACGUGCUCGACACCAGUUUUCACCAGGCACGGCUGUUCUACUUAUCUUCUACACAGUAGUUCAUAUCGCAUUCAUCCAGCCCGUAUCUUUGAUCCUGGGUCGCCAGUUCCUCGUCCCCAUCAUCUUCAUGCUCCUCAUCAAGCUCACCGCCACAACCUAUCUGGAAGAGGUGGUAAAGAUGUACGACAAAUACAUCGAUCAAAUCAAGGACUUGGCAAGCCUUUCGCUCGAACUGGCACACAAGUAUGAAGAAGCGGCGGAUUUCCGCAUGGUUCACCAAGAAUUCAAUGAGAUGCGGCUAAGAUACUAUCAAGCCUACUUGGAUCACUAUGAGAUCCUCAUCGAUUACGUCGAGCUCAUUACCAAGCAGGCCAAGACGAUGCCUGCGCCGCCUAAAGUCAAGGGCGCGAAGAGGAACUGCGGCAACCGCAUCAAGAACAAUAACAACGCUCUUACGGAGUCUCUGGAGAACUUCGCUGUCGCGCUUAAACAGCGGCAGUCCACGGCCAGGCUCCAGAUUGCAGUAGCGGAGAAGAUCAAGGACAUACUCGAUCGCGAGGGCUUGUUGCCGGAGGAGAUCGAUCGACUAGUGGAUGAGGCAGAAGAGGAUCUAGAGCGUGCGCAGGACGCGUCGAACGUUCGGACUCUAUCAUCGGGUUCCGGUACUUCAGACUCGAUCGCAGCGCCAUCGCCGGUCGCGGAGAGCAUUGAUAGCAAGCUGGAGAAGCAUUUCGAGGACUUGGAUAAGUGGUUCCAGAGUGUGCGGGAUCGGCCUGUUGUCGCAGACGAGAGCUGA